GUCAACAUUCAGGUGCCACCACAUUGCAAUACGCUGCAUCCUUUAUGAAGAAAAAGUCAGCAACAUUUUUUUGAGUGACUUGGUUCAUAAAACCCUUUAAUAAAAUAAAUUAUUUAUUUUGGCGAGUUUUUUCGUUUUAAUAUAUUUUUCUGUGAUAAUUCGGGAUGGAGCUUCAACAAUUCGCGUCGAAUAAUUUAAGAAUUAGUGAUAGAAUUCUAGAUGUAGAAUUCCAGGAUAUUUCGUUCGUUGCCAAGGAGAAAAAUGGUUAUAAAAAAAUUAUUGAUGGAGUCUCAGGAAAAUUUCAUUCUGGACACCUUACAGCCAUUAUGGGUCCCUCAGGAGCUGGGAAAACCUCUUUACUUAAUAUUCUAACAGGAUAUCAGGUCACUGGAACUACUGGUACCAUAAAAUGUAACAGCUCUAGUAGAAAGCAAAAAGGUGUCUUACAGUACAGAAAAGAAUCAUGUUAUAUACUCCAAGAUGAUAGCCUACCAAAUCUGUUUACAGUUGAGGAAUGUAUGAUGAUUGCCAGCAAACUUAAAAUUGACAAUAUGACCAAAAAAGCAAGGGAAUUUUUGAUUAACGAAAUCCUGACCAAUUUAAGCUUAUUAAAAUCAAAGAAUACUAGAUGCCAAGCUCUAUCUGGUGGUCAAAGGAAAAGGUUAUCAAUAGCUUUGGAAUUAGUCGACAAUCCACCAAUUCUGUUUUUGGACGAACCAACUACAGGACUUGACAGCUCAUCCACCACUCAAUGCGUAGAGAUGUUAAAAAAAUUAGCCAAAGGAGGCAGAAUUGUAAUCUGCACAGUUCAUCAACCCAACACACAAACUUAUGAAAUGUUCGAUCAGGUUUAUUUAUUGGCCAAAGGACGAUGUGUUUACCAAGGGCCAAGUACCAAUACUGUUCCUUUUUUAGCUUCAGUAGGGCUCUAUUGUCCUCAAUACCACAACCCUGCUGAUUAUAUUAUGGAAGUAGUUAGUGGGGAAUAUGGUGAUCAUAUUGAUGAAUUAGCAGAAGCAGCACAGGACAAAAAGUGGCAAAACGUACCUACAAUUAAACUUAGUGAUACUCCAGCUGUAGAUAGUAAGGAUAUAAUAUAUUCCAAUGAAAGCGUGACUCCCUCUAAAUCGCCUUCAGAAUGGAAAAGGUUUUUUAUAUUAUUAAAACGAAGUUCUAUUCAACUUUAUAGAGAUUGGACGAUAUCUCAACUAAAACUGGUACUUCAUUUAUUAGUAGGAUUAUUUUUAGGCGUAACUUUCCAAAAUUGUGGCAGGGAUGCCACAAAAGUGAUAAGUAAUUUAGGAUUUUUACAAGUCGGUAUAGUUUAUUUGGCUUAUACGUCAAUGAUGCCUGCAGUAUUAAAAUUUCCUUCCGAGUUAGUAAUAUUGAAGAAAGAAAAUUUCAAUAAUUGGUACAAACUGACAACGUAUUACGCUGCGUUUUUGGUUUUCGACAUACCUCAACAGGUAUUAUUUAGCACUGUUUACUGUCUUGGAUGCUAUUUUGUUAGUGACCAACCAUUGGAGGUUGGUCGGUUUUUCAGUGUACUUUUUGUUCUAGUGCUAGCAUCAUUGUCCUCGUCAGGAUUUGGAUUGAUUUUGGGGACAAUCACUAGUCCAGUUAACGGAAUAUUUUUUGGAGCGGUGGGAUUAUGUUUCUUUCUCUCUGUUGGAGGAUUUCUAAUAAUAUUCACGCAUAUGUCGAAAGCAAUGUACUUUUUGUCGUAUAUUUCGUAUGUCAGUUUUUCAGUAGAAGGAGUGAUGCAAGCUAUAUAUGGAUACGACAGAGGCCCGCUUCAUUGCCCAGAAGAAGCAGAGUUCUGUCAGUACGUGUCACCAGAGCUGGUUCUCAAAGAUAUCGGAAUGAAUAAACCGAACUAUUGGGUAGACAUUAUCUACCUUACCUGCACAUUCCUAACUUUCAGAACCAUCGCCUUUGUAACACUUAAAAGAAAAUUAGCCAUGACGUAAUAGCUGGAAAAAUUAGUUGUAUUUUCAAGCUUAUGUUAAGUAAAUCGGAAUUGGACUUAUUAUCUUGGAAAAAAAUUAUAAGAUAGAACUGUGUCCUCUGUUAUGGUUAGAAAAAUGAGCUGGUCAUAAAAUAGUAUUAUUACUAAUAAUAAUUAAAUAUUAUUCACUUAAAUUUAUUUUUCUGUUUUCGAGCAAUUAUGAUAAUAUACCAAGUAGUAAUUUAAAUGGCAUCCGACUAUAAAGAAAGAAAACAUUUUACAUUCCAUUGGUAGGCAUACUUACUGCAAUAUGGGUUAAGAAGCAGUGUAAACACCGUGUGUGUUUACACUAUGAAUCUAGACUUUGGUAUAGCUAACACAUUAUACACUGUCCUAUAGGGUCAUAUUUGGUAUAUUAAAUAGCAUAUAAGUCCAUAUUCCGAUCUGCUGGUAGCUAUUUCAUUUUUAUUUUCAAAAAUGAUAAGUUGUAGAUUUUAUUUGUCAAGUGAACACAAUUAAUUUAUUGU